AUGAGACAGCGUUUUCGUAUUCCCCAGGGCUAUCCAGGUCUCCUGCAGACUUUGACAUACAACACUGACCCUAUCCAGAAACUAUCUAAAGAGUCUUUGGGCGUCGUUGCCGCCAAGCUUCGGUCCCAACUCGAUCCCAAGAAGAAUGCUCUUGUAUUCAAUACCCGUGCCCUCGCCACAUUUCUCAGCCGCUGGGCUGACAAGACCAAGGCGUCUUUUACCGCCAUGGUCAAUGUUUCAUCCGAUUUUAUGCUUAGCUCGUAG